CCUGUUUUUUUUUUUUUUUUUUUUUUUUUUUGUCCUUUUCAAUCUAUCUUUUUUUUUUUUUUUGUAUCAAUACUCUCUCUCUAUAUUUUUCUCAUCUGUCGAUCAGCAGACAGCUUCAGGCGCCCAUAUCCGGCGGGUCAACAAGCAGCGGCCAGUGUGGGCACGCGAUUCCACUGAGCUGGCACUGCUCGUUGUCUCUUACUGGGACGCAAACGACAAAAAAGAGGACGAGUGGUUGUGGCGUCGGGCACCGAGGGAAGUUCGGCGGAGAGCGCCGAAGGGGAAAAAAAGGAGGGCUUUUGGGAGACGAGGGUGCUGUGAGAGAGCGGCGGAAAGAGAGAGUGAGUGAACCCGCGCUUGUAGUAGCGCCAAUAGCGCAGCGGAAGAAACUCCCGCGUAGGUGAGGGGGAGAUUUUGGCGGGUCGGACAGAGGUGAGGAGAGAGGGAAGCUAUGGCGCACGCAGCGAUGGCGUGGAGCGGGGCGACAACGGGUGCGGCGACGUCGUUCUCGGCGGCGGCGGCAUCUUCGUCGUCUUCGCGCGAUGUGCGGCACCGCUCGGUGGAGCGCGUGGUAGUGAAGGCGCACACAUGCGGCGCGAGACGGUGCAGGCGCGCGGUGGCGGCGGCGGCGGCGACGCUCGCGCGCUCCACGAUGCUUGGGGAGAAGCUCGCGCUGGAGGUCACGGCAGAGCUGGCGGCCGCCACGCGGCGAAACCCGGGAAGCGCGCGCGCAGCGGCGGAGGACGCCGCGGGCCAGCUCGCGCGCAAGCUCCCCGCGGCGGUGUUGACGUCGCUGGCGCUUGCACUGAGCAGCGCACCGGCUGCGCUGGCGCUCUCCCCGGCCGCGGAUACUCCCGCGUCAUCUCCGCCGAUGGAGACGGCGCUUAUGCAAGCGCCCUCCUCCGCCGCCACCCUGCAAUCUAGCCCCUUCUCGACCGCGUCGAUGGAGGCCCCCGCCACCCGCACCCCUUCCGCCGCCUCCGAUCUCCCCGAAGGCACCCAAUGGCGCUACAGCGAGUUCAUUAACGCCGUUAGGAACGGCAAGGUGGAGCGCGUGCGGUUCAGCAAAGACGGCAGCUCUCUUCAGCUGACAGCCAUCGAUGGGCGGAGGGCGGCGGUGACGCUGCCCAACGAUCCCGACCUCGUCGAUAUCCUAGCGAUGAACGGCGUAGACAUCUCCGUGAGCGAGGGCGACAACACAGUCGGGUACAUUAAUCUGAUAGGCAACCUCCUCUUCCCGCUCUUAGCAUUCGGCGGGUUGUUCUUCCUAUUCAGGCGGGCGCAGGGGGGGCCCGGCGGGCCCGGCGGAAUCGGUGGCCCGAUGGACUUCGGAAGGUCGCAGUCCAAGUUCCAGGAGGUACCAGAGACAGGGGUGACCUUCGAUGAUGUGGCGGGCGUAGAUGGCGCCAAGCUGGAGCUGCAAGAGGUAGUGGAUUUCCUCAAGAAUCCGGACAAGUACACGGCGCUUGGCGCCAAAAUCCCCAAGGGCUGCUUGUUGGUGGGUCCGCCGGGGACGGGGAAGACGCUGCUAGCCAAGGCGGUGGCAGGGGAAGCCGGAGUGCCCUUCUUCUCGUGCGCGGCAUCGGAAUUCGUCGAGCUGUUCGUCGGGGUUGGGGCGUCGCGAGUGCGGGACCUGUUCGACAAAGCCAAGGCGAAGGCUCCUUGCAUCGUUUUCAUCGACGAGAUAGAUGCCGUGGGCAGACAGAGAGGGGCUGGAAUGGGUGGGGGGAAUGAUGAGAGAGAACAGACCAUCAAUCAGCUGCUGACGGAGAUGGAUGGCUUCACGGGCAACUCCGGGGUUAUCGUGUUGGCGGCGACUAACAGACCUGACGUGCUCGACUCGGCGCUGCUCAGACCUGGUCGCUUCGACAGACAGGUCACUGUAGACAGACCGGAUGUGGCGGGAAGGGUCAAGAUUCUCCAGGUGCAUUCGAAAGGCAAGGCUAUCGGAAAGGACGUGGACUUUGACAAAAUUGCCCGGCGCACUCCGGGUUUCACAGGUGCUGACCUGCAGAACUUGAUGAAUGAAGCCGCUAUCCUGGCCGCUAGGAGAGAUCUCAAAGAGAUUUCCAAGGAGGAAAUUGCAGAUGCUCUUGAGAGAAUUAUCGCUGGACCAGAGAAAACCAACGCCGUAGUUUCUGACGAGAAGCGUAGGCUGGUUGCCUAUCAUGAGGCGGGGCAUGCAAUUGUUGGAGCACUGAUGCCAGAGUACGACCCUGUGGCAAAGAUUUCCAUCAUUCCACGUGGCAGAGCUGGAGGGUUAACCUUUUUCGCUCCAAGUGAGGAACGGCUGGAGUCUGGAUUGUACAGCAAGAGCUAUCUGGAGAACCAGAUGGCUGUAGCUCUUGGGGGAAGGGUUGCCGAGGAGAUUAUCUUUGGCACGGAGAAUGUGACAACGGGGGCCUCCAACGACUUCAUGCAGGUGUCGCGUGUAGCAAGGCAGAUGGUGGAGAGAUUUGGAUUCAGUAAGAAGAUUGGACAGAUCACUCAUGCAGGAGCCAAUGCCAACCCAUUCCUGGGACAGCAAAUUGCACAAUCAGCAGAGCACUCCAUGGCUACGGCAGACAUCAUCGAUGCAGAGGUGAGAGAGCUGGUGGAGACUGCUUAUCGCAGAGCAAGUACUCUGCUGAAUACGCACAUCGACAUCUUGCAUAAGUUGGCUGCCUUGUUGCUGGAGAAGGAGACUGUUGACGGCGAGGAGUUCACGGCAUUGUUUAUCGAUGGCCAGGCAGAGCUGUAUGUGCAGUAGUAGGUGAGCUCACUUGGCAGUGCCAGUUUGAAUCAAGGACGUAUGUGUUGACACCCAUCCAGGACUGCAAGUGUGGUGCGAGGAUUAUGCAAUGUGAUUGGAACGAUUGGUCUGGGGAUGCAGCCGUUGUGGGACAUUUCAGGUAAAUGUUCGAGAGUAUACCCGUUCGCAACUUCACGAAAGGGGAAUCGCUAUCCGACUAAGUGUGUAACAGAAACUACUUCACGAUCAAAUGGUUCAUGAGGUCGUCGUGUCCCUAUCACAAUGUACACUCAUCAGGCACAGCAAUGAAGAUGUGUACUUGCUCACGCAAUUGUUUCUUGGCAUCACCAGCGGGCUGGCGUCAGUAGGUUCAGGAGGUUCAUAUUUUGGUCCAAUAGUGUUUGGGGGGGGGGGUUGUAAUCUAAAUGUGCAAUGGUAAUUAUCGUUUCGUUGUUUUUCACUUAUGGACUGCAGAGUUGUGAAGCGUCAGCAUUAUGUUUUAGACAAUCGUACGUACAGAACAUUCUGAUAUGUUCUGCACAGGGCAUGUGAGGGGAGUUGUUAGUAGUCUUGCUCAGCGGGCAAGAAGAUCUGUAGAAAGUUAAAAACUUUGUUUUUUGCUGUAAAGUUUAUUCCUUUCGCUGUAAAGUUGAACCAGUGCUUGAGCAUGGUGUGCACCUGUUAACAAGCCAGCCUUUGUACAGGCCUGCCUGCGCCCGGUUAAAUUGAUUCAUGACUGCAUGCGCUCGGAGCCCUGAAGAGGACUAUGGGAAUGUCUCAAGUGCUCGUGGGGUAAGGGAUUGAGGAGGAAUGAAGCAGGCGUACCCUC